AUGUAUACACAUUUACAUGCAAAUAUUAUCAAUACUACUUCAACAAAAAUAUUGACAUACUUGUUGUCAAAUCGAAUUCCAUCGACAUUGAAGGAAUACAUUGUACCAUACAUUAGAAACCAUCCAAAUGAAGGAGCCAUUGACUCAUUUUAUUUCGAGAUGAUAAAUCUAAAUUCAUCACAUGUCGAACUAUCAUUGACAAGUUCCAAUAAUGAUAUUCAUUUCUUUGAAAUACCUACAUCGAUGAAUAAAGAUAGUCAGUAUUCAUUGUACAACAAACAAAACAUUCACACUUUGUACUUGAAGGGUUUAUAUACUUGUCCUCAAGAGGAUGACGAACAAGAUAUCGAAUUCAAAGAAACAAUCGAUAGUCUUCCAAACUUGGAGAGACUUAUCAUCAAAACAAACAACUCUCACCUUCUUCGUAUAAUUUAUAAACAAUAUCCUUAUUUAAAGAUGGAGGUAACUAUCGUAGGCAGACAUCUCUACAGUGCUAAAGAGGUACAAUUUAAGCUUCCCAACGGCACAACCAUCUCAAUGACUGAUGUCUAUCCACAGAUUAACCUGUCUGAACUUUCCAUUCCAACAUAA